AUGUCUGGUGUUAAAAGAACUCGUACAGAUGAAAUUUCAUCAUCAUCAUCAUCAUCUCAAUCACAAACAACAACAACUGAUGCAACAAUAUCACCAAAAAUUGAAAUACCAUCUUCUUUUAAUUCAACUAUUGACGAAGAUUUUAGCUGUCCAAUCUGCUUUGAAUUAAUUAAUGAAGCAUUUGUUUCUCGAUGUGGACACAGUUUCUGUAGCAAAUGUCUUCAACGAACAGUUGAAUCUCUUCGUCGUUGUCCAAAAUGUCAGUUAAAUCUUCAAACAACUGAUAUUUUUCCAAAUUAUACAUUAAAUGCAAUCAUUGAAAAAUAUCGUCAACAACGUCCAUUACCUCCAACAUUUGGCAAAUAUGGUAAUAUUGUUGAACAUAUUUCAGAGAUGGUAACAAAUGUUCAUUCAUUAAAUACCGAAGAUCUCGAUCGUCUUAUGUCUAUUAUUCGUCAACAUAAAGAAAAACUUGAUUUAAAUAGUGAAUAUGUUCAUAAUCGUUUACUUGAAAUAUUUUUAAUGCAUGUUCAUCAUGAACGAAGUGGAGCAAUUGAAUCUUUAACAAAAGAAUUAAAUAUUGUUGAUCAAGAUUUAAAACAAAUGUCUAAACGACAAAAAUGUUCAUCAUCAUUAUUAAAUGUAAAUAUUUCAACAAAUAUAAAUUCAAAACAAAUUAUUGAUGAUAAUCCAAUAUUAUCAUCAAAUUCAACAAUUGUUACUAAAGAAGAAUUAUCAUCAACAUCAAAUGAUACAACUAUUGUUAAUGAUACUGUACCAACUUGGAUACAAUCAGGAAGACAAGAUCUCCGUGCAACACCUGAUAUGAAAAUCGAAAAACAACAAAUAGGAUCCACAUCAAUAAUGUCUUCUUCAUCAAUGUUACCGUCUACAACAACAACAAAUUCGUCAACUUUAACCAAAACUGAAUGUCUUGAAUCGAGAAUUGCUCCAAGUGGAGCUGUUGUACCAGAAGAAACAAAUCCAAAUGGAUCAGUAACCAAUGAUGAUAUUGAAAAUCGAACAAAAAUAAUGAUGCGUUUUAUGGAUGAUUUAACGAAUAUUUAUUUUUCAACAAGAAAUUCAUUAAGAUUGACUGUUGAAAAUGAUGGAUCAUGUAAUGGUGACAGUGGAUUAAGUGCAUUUCGAGAUAGUUUAGCUGCUGUUACAAAAUAUUCACGUUGUAAACCAAUUUCAACUGUUAAUUUUGUUGGAGACAAUUUUGCUCAAGCUAGUAUUGUAUCAAGUAUCGAAUUUGAUCGAGAUUAUGAACAUUUUGCUGUUGCUGGUGUUUCAAAAAAGAUUAAAUUAUAUGAAUAUCAAUCAAUAUUAGAUAAUGUUGUUGAUUUACAUUAUCCUACAAAAGAAGUUUUAUGUACAGCUAAACUAAGUUGUAUUAGUUGGAAUCCAUAUUUAAGAAAUUAUUUAGCAUCAAGUGAUUAUGAUGGAUUUGUUUCUAUAUGGGAUAUGGCAACAGCACAAAAAGUUCGAACUUUUCAAGAACAUGAAAAACGUUCAUGGAGUGUUGAUUUUUGUUCAUCAGAUCCAAAAUUACUUGCAUCAUGUUCUGAUGAUUGUCGAGUUAAAAUAUGGUCAAUGCAUAAUGAUUAUUCUGUAACAACAAUUGAUGCAAAAUCAAAUGUUUGUUGUGUUAAAUUUAAACCUGAUUCACAAUAUAAUAUUGUCUUUGGUACAGCUGAUCAUAAUUUAUAUUAUUUUGAUUUACGUAAUACACGUGAACCAUGUCAUUUAUUAAAAGGUCAUAAAAAAGCUGUAUCUUAUGCACGAUUUUUAUCAAAUAAUGAAAUUGUCUCAGCAUCAACUGAUAGUCAACUUCGUUUAUGGCGUGUUACAGAAGGACAAUGUUUAAGAACAUAUCGUGGACAUGUUAAUGAAAAAAAUUUUGUUGGUUUAGCUGUUUCAAAUGGUUAUAUUGUUUGUGGUAGUGAAACAAAUACAGUACAUUUAUAUCAACGUGAAAUAUCUCGACCAUUACUUAGUUAUAAAUUUGAUGAUAUUAAUAAUGGAACAGUUAAAACAACAGCUGUUAAUACAGAUCGAGUUAAAAAAGAAGAAACAGGAAAUGAAUUUGUUAGUGCUAUGUGUUGGAGUAAUCGUGAAAAUAUUUUAUUAGCAGCUAAUAGCCAAGGGGUUGUUAAAGUCUUGGAAUUAGUCUAA